UCGGAAGUAAUCCAGUUGACGAAAUCCAAGAUGGCAGCGACCAUGGUGCUAGAUAAUGGCGCGCAUCAGGUGAAAGUUGGCCUGAAUACUGAGAUGAAACCAAGAUCGAUUCCCAAUUGCAUUAUGAAAGCCAAGAACGAGCGCAGGAAACAAUACAUAGGAUCACAGAUUGACGAUUGCAAGGACCUGUCUGGAAUCUUCUACUUGUUGCCCUUCCAGAAGGGUUAUCUGGUCAACUGGGAUGUCCAGCGGCAGGUCUGGGAGCAUACGUUCGGCAAGGACGUGAUGAGCCUGGAGCCGGAGGACACCAAUGCGGUCAUCGCCGAGCCGUAUUUCGACUUCUCCUCCAUACAGGAGGCCAUGAAUGAAAUCUUUUUUGAGGAGUACAACUUCAAAGCCAUCCUCAGAACCAACGCUGGUACCUUGAGCGCGUUCAAGAACAGGCAGGAGGAGCCUAAUGAGCUGUGCUGUCUCCUGGUGGAUUCUGGGUACUCAUUCACUCACAUCGCACCUUACUACAAUGGCAAGAAAGUGGGUAGUUCAAUAAGAAGAGUAAAUAUCGGCGGAAAAGUCUUAACCAAUCACCUGAAGGAGAUCAUCUCAUAUCGUCAACUACACGUCAUGGAUGAGACGUACGUCAUGAACCAGGUCAAAGAAGAUGUCUGCUAUGUGUCUCUUGACUUCUACGGCGACAUGAAAAUUGCAAAAUUGAAGAGCAAGGAGAACACCGUUGUCAGGGACUACAUUUUACCAGACUUCUCUCACUCCAAGAGAGGUUAUUUGAAGCAAGAGGACACUAAACUCAAACCUCAUGAGCAGACUGUUCGGAUGAACAAUGAAAGGUUUGCUGUACCUGAGAUCCUGUUCCAUCCAUCUGACAUCGGCAUACAAGAAAUGGGUGUCUCUGAAGCCAUAGUGCAUGUCAUCAACAACUGUCCCACAGAUAUGAGACCUCACCUGUUUAAAAACAUCCUCCUGACGGGUGGCAAUGCCAUGUUCCCCGGCUUCAAAGAGCGAGUGGAGAGUGAUGUGAGGUCCAUGGCGCCAGCGCUGUACGAUGUCCGUGUGACAAAACCAGACAACCCCAUCACACAUGCAUGGGAGGGCGGCAAACUUCUCAGCACGUCCAAGAACUUCUCCUCGCUGAUGGUGACAAGAGAUGAAUACAGUGAACAUGGACACAGCAUCUGCUGGGAGAAAUUUGACGUCUGACGGAGGCGCAGUGGUUCAUAAACAUAAAGGGGGUUGUUCAGUGCGAACCUUCACAUGUCCCGUGAUACAGAGAACAUUGAGUAUUGUGUGUGUGACAGAUGGGCUGUAAGCACACCUGCAGUUUGAAACUUCUUGAUAGCACUCGUUUUAGUCACAAGACAAAUUGGAGACUAGACCUCCUGUUACACGAGGACAGAGGGACGUCCAAAAGCGGACAUCCUAGUGGACGACAAUGCUGCUUUCCCUCAUCCCGUAAACUCCGAUUGGCCUGGUUGUCAGUAACUGACAUACAUGUGCAUAGCGAGUAUGUUUGGAAUGUAGCGUAAGCCUGCACCGCAUUAGAAGACAGUUUCUUGUAAGGAGAGUUGGGAUCGAGUUGCGUGGAUAAGAACUAGUCCCCGCCACAUCUGUGUUUCAACAUGUGUUUAGCCUCCACAACUACAGAACAAGUUGGACACGUACCUGUUUGAGUGGAUUUACUUACACGGCACACCCCACGUCUGAACGUAUUAGGAUGUACCGAUCGUUCUCAAGCUCUUAUCUGAUGGGAGAUGCUGUGGCUGUGAUCAGACCUUUUGUUAGAGUUCAUUAGCCCCAGGGAGCUGCUGUCAGUGGACAGAUGCUUUCUGACAGGUGCAGGGAGCAUUUCCCUUUGAAGCCUACUGGUGCCCAUGCGAUGAAAGCCGAGGAUACACUGUAAAUGCCUCGCCGUCGAAUUGCAUCAGGCCAAGUUGGUCAAAGGCUGAAAACCUUGCUCAGAAAUCCACAUGACUGUGGAUUUAGGCCGGAGAAGUAUACUGUAAUACAUUACUGACAGUUUUUAUAUAAGAGGGUCCAUUCUCUGACAGUUGGAAGUACGGGUUAUGACGUUAUUAUUUCUACUAAGGGCAAAACACCUGUAAUCAAAAUUAAUAUCUCCCUGAUGCAAAAGUACAUCUUGAAAUAUUUCUACUAAUCAAAGUUAAACAGCAACAAUAACUGUUAUAACAUAAAUGUGCUCAAUACAAUGUUGCACAUUAAGUUUACUUUGGACGAUGGGGGUCUUGUUAAUGCAGAAAAAUAAACAUACAUAUCAAAUAAAUCA